CCCAUUCCCCAUCAAUUGGUAUCAGAUGGCUCUGGCAACAGUAGCAGAGCAGAUUGCUUUGGUAGCAGCAAAGCAGAUGGCUUUGGUGACAACAAUAGGAGAUGGCUCCAGCGGUAGCAAUAACAGAUGGCUCUAGCGGCAGCAGCAGUAGAGCAGAUGGAUCCGACAGUAGUAGAGCAGAUGCAUCCAGCAGCAACAGAGCAAAUGGCUUCAGCAACAACAGAAGAGAUAGAUUCGGUAGCAGGCUUCAGCAGCAGGCUUCAGCAACAGCAGUAGAGCAGAUGUCUUCAGCAACAGCAGCAGAGCAAAUGGAUUUGGCAACAACAAACAGCAGAGCAAAUGGAUCCGGCAACAACAUAGUAGAUGGCUUGAACAGUAGCAAAGGAGAUGGAUUUGACAACAAGUUUCAGCAGCAGCAACAACAGAGGAAAUUGAAGGUGAGAUGGAGGUGAGAAAUGGGUGAGCCGCAAACAAAGAGAUUGAGAGUGAGAUUGUAAGUGAUGAGAAUUAAAAUAAAUUAGGGUUAGGGUU